ACCAACACAUUACACAUCCAACACAACACACAAAUCCCCUUUCUCCCUUUUUUUCUUUCUUUCUUUCUCCACACCAAACCAAAACAACAACAACAACAAUGGCAGAACUCGAACUUCAUAACCAAAACCUAAUGCCAAAACUCAUUGAUUACUUAUCUUCUCUCCUCCAACGUGUCGCGGAAGCUAACGAUAUUAAUGUCAGAUUUCAACCUCAAAAGAUUUCAGUUUUCCAUGGACUUACUAGGCCAAAUAUCUCAAUUCAAAGCUAUUUAGAGAGAAUAUUCAAAUACGCCAAUUGUAGCCCCUGUUGUUUCGUUGUUGCUUAUGUUUAUCUUGAUCGAUUUACUCAGUGCCAGCCUUCUUUGCCGAUCAACUCCUUCAAUAUUCAUCGUCUGCUUAUCACUAGUGUUAUGAUUGCUGCCAAAUUCAUGGAUGAUAUGUACUACAAUAAUGCAUACUAUGCAAAAGUUGGAGGAAUCAGUACCACAGAGAUGAACUUUCUUGAAGUGGAUUUCCUAUUUGGAUUGGGUUUUCACUUAAAUGUGACUCCCACUACUUUCCAGACUUAUUGUGCCUAUCUACAAAAAGAGAUGCUGUUGCUUCAGCCAGUAGUAGUACCACCCAUUAAUUUUGAAGAUUCUUCCUUAUUAAUAGGAUCAAGAUCACCAAAGCUUCAAUAUAUUUGUUACAAUGAAGACGAAUCGUCUUCGCAGCAGCAACAGCAACAAUUAGUCGUUUAAGAUCGAUGAAUUAAUCCUGUUAAUGUAGUUAUCAGGUUAGGAUUAGAUGUGUGGUUCUUGCAUUUGGGGUCUUCUGUUUUUCGAUUUUCUCAUGUUUGGCAACAUUUUAGGGGUGCUUUUAGAUGAACUCAUGAAAUGAAAUGGUAUGUACAGAUGGGUGCUGCUUUUUUGCUUUGCUUUA